AUGAGUACGAAUCUAUUCAUAAAUUAUGAUGGUAUGGUAGAAGUACCUCAAUAUUCAUUCAAUAUGGAUGGUUUAUUGUUUAUUGUUGUGUUUUCGGGUGUUGCAUUGUGUGAAACAAUGGUUUUUGAGAACAAAGUUGAAGAUUUUGCAAAUACUCCGAAAGUAGAAGAUAACAUCCAACAUUUAAAUAUUUGUGAUAUUUGUGAAUGUAAAGAAAAAGAAAUCAACUGUACUAGUCGACAUUUGACUCAUCAUUUUGAAAAUAGUUUUUGGCCCAGUAUACCAUUAGAGCUUGUAACAUUUGAAAAUAACUCAAUAGUUCAUCUUAAACAAUUUCCUAAUGUUACCAUAAGUAAAUUAAUUUUUCGUCACAAUAGAAUUAGCAAGAUAGAUGAUAAUGCUUUCCGAAAAAUUCAAAAUUUGUCUCAACUUGAUUUGAGUCACAAUCAACUUACGUCAAGUAUUCUUUUGCCCACGGUUUUCACGGGUAAGCGAAAAUAUGCUCCUCAUGAAUGGGAAGCAUUACCACAAUUACAGGUAUUGAAUCUUGGAGAUAACAAUCUCCACACACUACAUCAGGAUUUAUUUGAGCACAUACCGAAUGUCGAAGUAUUGAUUCUCAACGGUAAUCCGUUAGAAGUUAUCGAUGAUUCUAUUAUGAAAGCCCUUAACAAUCUUUAUCAUUUACAAGAAUUACAUUUGGUAGAUUGCAAUCUUGAAACACUUCCGGAAUAUGUGUUUGAUUUUCACAAAACAUCAUUGAAAAAACUUCACUUGAAUGAAAAUCGUUUCACAAAAAUACCAACUGCGUUGAAAUAUGCCACAGUUCUGGAAUUCUUAAAUUUGGACGAGAAUCCAAUUCAAAAUUUAGAUGAAAACAAUGCUUUUCCAAAUCUUCCGGAGCUUAAAAGAUUAAGCUUAUGUUCAUUGCCUUAUUUAACUAACGUUGGACGUUAUGUUUUCUCUGAGCUACCUGUUAUGGAAGAACUCUACUUAUGUGAUUGUCCAAGACUUAUAAAUAUUGACGAAGACUCUCUAGUUAUGCAUAAUAUUAAUGGUGCAUUUUGGCCCCCUUUGAAGAUUCUUGAUUUGUCAAAUAAUGCUUUGAAAUACCUAUCUGCAAAUUUAUUGGGAGGCAUGUGGCAUAAACUAGAAAAAUUAAUUCUACUUAACAACGACUGGAGUUGUGAUUGUCAAAAUCAAUACUUGAUUACUCAACUUCUUCCUAUGCGAGGAAAGACUCUAAUGCAAGAUGAUGUUGAUAAACUAUUUUGCACUGCACCUCCGGAGCAUGCAGGUAAAAAUUUGACAUCGUUGUCACACAGAAUAUUACGAUGUCUUGAUCGUUAUGGGGCUCGACCUGAACGGGAUGCUGCAAUCCUUGUUGGAAUACUAAUUGGUCUACUUCUGGCUCUUCCUAUAACGCUCACUCUAUUUUUCCUUUGGCGACGGGGAUUCUUCUUCUUUGGAAGACAGAAUCCUGCCAGUUUUUCCAGAGCUUUUUACAAUCGAACUUCAACCAAUGAUAGUUAA